GUAAUGCUGCUGCUGAUGAUGAUGAUCCACCACGCAAGCGCCGGUACAAUGCUCGCUCUGCUACUGCUGCCACUGCUGCUGAGAAGAGGGCUGACACGAUGCCUGCUGCUUCUGCAAGCGCUAGUACACGAAGAAGUGGCCGGCAGGUUGCGGGCAAUUCUGGCACGGCGGCUCAAAAUGUAGCGCAAGAAGAUACUGCUCAUGGCGAUGACAACAAAGCAGAGAAGGCAACAAGUGAAGCAUCACGCUCAUCCCGUCGAAGCAAGAAAGGUGUGGACGAGGCCCCAAAGACCGAUGUACCCGUUGCUGAAGAGACUGUUACAUCACAGCAGCAGCAGCAGCAGCAGCAGUCGGAUGCAGCCAAUUCAAGGAGCAAAACGGCUACCAGUCGAGCAUCAACCCGGAAAAAGAAAACUCUGGAUGUGGCCGCUCCUGACGAGCAAGAGCAGAAGCAGCCCUGUACUGAUGUAUCAGAUUUAUCCACUACCGGUAGUAUGGAAGAUGGCAACAAACGUGAAGAAACUGGAGCUGCGUCGGGCCCAUCACGGGCCUCUGGCAGGAGAAAGAAGCUGGGUUCAGGUAGUGAACAGGUGGUUACCUCAGCAUUGACUACUGCACCUACAGACAUAGAUGCGGAGAGCUCUGAAGCAGCCACUACUGAACCAGUGCGUUCAGCGAGAGCAUCCAACCGGAGAAAAACUGACAGCAAAGGAAACACAACUAGCACGGUGAAGGUGGUAGAGGAAACAGCAGCAGAAGAAGAUACCAAUGACGAUGCAAGUGCAUCGAGCUCAAGGAGCUCUGGUCGGCAGAAGGAGGCACGAACCACAAGCAGCAAGAAAGAACUGAGUGGAACGCCGCCCAUGGGUCCUGAGGAAACAAAACCUGCUGGUGAUAAUGGCACCAUGGAGACAUUAACUCCUCGCGGCCGUGGAAGAAAGUCUAAGGCUGCCGCCGCUCCUGCAGCGUCUGCAGAUGAAGACGUCAAGUCAUCGCAAGAUUCCAAAACUGAGGAUGCUGUUGCCCAGAGCAGUGGUGGUCGACGCGGUCGACGCAGUCUGUUGGCCAGUGCCAGCUCUGAAGGUGAUGCAUCGGGGAAGGCGGAGAAUGAAGAGGAAACUGGUGCUGCCGUGAUGCCACGUGUAAUGCUGACUGGAAUAAUCAAUGAAGAGCUUCGCCUGGUGGUGAGUCGGCUGGGUGGUAAGAUGGAGGAUGACAAUGUGCGCAACUGCACACACCUCGUUACAGACAGGAUUGCAAGGACGAUCAAGUUCUUGAGCUGUGUGGCAAGAGGCACUCCCAUCGUGACCACCGACUGGCUGCAUGCGUCCAAGAAGGCGAAGCAAUUUCUUGACCAUUCUCGGUACGCAGUUCGUGAUGCUGAGAAAGAGGCCACUUUUAAGUUUAGCCUUGAUAAGUCUUUGAAGCGCGCAUCCCAGCAACCUCUCUUCCAGGGCCAACGUCUGUACUUGUGUCCCAGUGUCAAGCCACCUCCGGAUCAAAUGGCCGAAAUUGUCCGUUGUGGUGGUGGUGAGGUCCUCUCCUCCUUUCCCAACAAGUCCUCCUCAGAUUGCAUUGUGGUAGCUGCCGGUAAUGAUCACACAUCCAUCGGCAAGUGUCAGCAGGCGGGCCGGCCUGUCGUCUCACCAGAGUACAUUCUCACAGGAGUAUUGCGGCAGUCCACGUCAGUUGAAGAAUAUCAACUUGCACAGGCCGAGAAGGAACCACCACCGUCCACCGCCACAGCCGCUGCUCCCAAAGCAGGUGGGGGUGGUAAGCGUCGAUCAUCCUUGCCGACGGAGCAGGAGGCACCGGCGGCCAAGCGAGGACGUCGGCGGAGGUGAAGCGGGCACGGUUGCCGUCGCCAUCUUACAUUCGGUCUUGAUCGCCGUACACCGGUUAGCCACUACUAGAUGACUGUGUGUGUGCCUGUGGGUUUUGAUCAUGGGGGAAAUCCCCUAACUAACGUAUCGGUGCACAGCCUGAAGUGACGAUGCCAUUGAUUGAUGCACACUUGAUGCACAACGUAGAAACGUGUGAGUAUGCAUGUACGUCUAUUUUCCGCCUUUCUUCGCAGAAGGUCCCAUUGAAAUGACCUUCCUAGUGCACUAUCGCAGAGCCACAGUCAACGUCCAUAAUACGUAUUAAACUCCUGUACAGGUAUUCAACCAUUUGCAUGCUCCCCUGUACACAGUGCUGCUCCACUCAAUGUGCUGGUCACAUUCACAGUGAACAUAGUCGUUUCUUUCCUACCUCACUUUUAGCCGAGCUUUCAGCAACUUAGGCUGCUUUUCAUCAAACGUCCAGAAACGUUAUUUCUUAUGCAUGCUUUAGUUACUGUUCUUGAAUGGCAGUGCUGCCACUGCCAUCCGCCCUUGUGUCACCGUCAACAAUCAUGAGUUAGUAUGUAUAUCAAAAUUAUCAAUAGCAUCUUUUUUUACUCAAUUAACUUCGAAUUGGUCCAUUCUGACACUUGGAUUUUCAAGGAAAACUGGUUGUUUUGUUCUGUGCCCGAAUCAGCUAGGACAGUGUGAUAAUAAUAGUAGCAGCAUUUCGAAGUAGAACAGUAUGCAGAGAACAGUAACGGCCAAGCCUGGCCA